UGCUUCUCUAUAGAUAGAUAAGAUCAUUAGUGUUAUAUAUAUAUAUAUUUUUUCCUUAAGCCAUGAUGGGUUGUGGGCUUAAGCAAUGGUGGGUGGUACUGUUUGUGGCGGUGAUUAUGGGUUUUGAGUAUGGCGUGGCUAAGGCACAGCCUCAAGUGCCAUGUUACUUCAUAUUUGGGGAUUCAUUAGUGGAUAAUGGGAAUAAUAAUAAUAUAGCAUCUUUGGCAAGAGCCAAUUACUUGCCUUAUGGGAUUGAUUUCCCCGGCGGACCAACUGGGAGGUUUUCUAAUGGCAAAACUACUGUUGACGUCAUUGCUGAGCUAUUGGGAUUCGACGAUUACAUUCAUCCAUAUUCAAGUGCAAGAGGUCAAGACAUACUCAGGGGAGUCAAUUAUGCCUCUGCAGCCGCUGGAAUUAGAGAUGAAACUGGCCAACAACUGGGUGCUCGGAUUAGCAUGAAUGGGCAAGUAAAUAACUACAAAAACACGGUAUCACAAGUUGUGGACUUACUAGGGGAUGAGGACUCAGCAGCUAAUUAUCUUAGCAAGUGCAUAUACUCUUUGGGACUAGGCAGCAACGAUUAUCUCAACAACUAUUUCAUGCCUGAUACCUACUCGACAAGCAGACAAUAUACUCCUGAUCAAUAUGCAGAUGUUCUUAUUCAACAAUAUUCUCAGCAAAUCAAGACAUUGUAUCAAUUCGGAGCAAGGAAAUUCGUGUUGAUCGGAGUGGGCCAGAUUGGAUGUAGCCCAAAUGAACUGGCCCAAGGUAGCCCAGAUGGCUCGACAUGUGUACAGAAAAUCAACGAUGCAAAUCAGUUAUUCAAUAGCAGACUCAGAUCUCUAGUUGAUGAUCUCAACAACAACAAUGCUGAUGCCAAAUUCAUCUACAUCAAUGCUUAUGGCAUUUUCCAAGACAUUAUUGCCAGACCUUCGUCUUUCGGUUUUAGGGUUACCAAUGCCGGGUGCUGUGGUGUCGGAAGAAACAACGGUCAAAUUACAUGUCUCCCAUUUCAAACUCCAUGCCCAAAUAGAAAUGAGUACAUAUUUUGGGAUGCAUUCCAUCCCGGUGAAGCUGCAAAUAUUAUUAUUGGGAGAAGAUCUUAUAGUGCAGAAUCUCCCUUUGACUCGUAUCCGAUGGAUAUUCGUCGCUUAGUUCAACUCUAAAGAUAGAGAUUGCACUUGUUGCAACCGUGUUGUUCAAUUUUAGUAGAGAUAUAUGUACCACUUUUUGUUGUUGUUACACUUGUUAUUUCUUAUUGUUGAAAGGGAUGUCAUAAUGUUUCAUGGCAACUUACAAUGAAGAGCCUAUUUCCAAUUUUGUGUAAAAGUUUGAUUUAUGUUGAGAGGAAAUCUAUUAGUGUCAAGUGCUAUUGAUAUUUUAUUGUUACAGGCUGA